GAUUCCAAUAUAAUUGAAAAAAAUGAGUUUUUUAUCUAUUCGAAAGAACAGAUUUAAAACGAUUGGUUUUACGUGGCUGUGGGCUUAAAUAUGUAAGCGGCCAUCUUAACAAUUGAUCACGUGAUGUUUCUCAUAACAGAAAGCUGAACAUAAUAUUCAAAAAAAGCUGUGAGUAAUUUUUUUGCAAUGGAGGCCGAAAGAAAAGUUUUCUCAUCUACAAUAAUAAGAACACAGAAUAAUAUUAAGAAUAAUUUGGAAGAAAUAUUGAAUAUUGUUCCCGCCACGCCUAUUGUAGAUCAGGUAGAAAAAAAUAACGAAUGUAAUUUUAUACACAAAACUGAUAAAUAUUAUGUGCCAAAGAAAAAAAAUGGAAUGAAAGUUAAAACUGUUCAAGAUAUUCGAAAGAUUUUUGAAUCGGACAUUAACAGUUAUUUGCCUGAUGAGUUAGAAAAACAGAAAAAUGUAUUAUUGCGCAAAAUUAGGCUCGGUUCUUCAAGAGACGAAAAAACUAAAGAAACAGCUAAAAAUAUUUUAAAAUCAUCUUCUCCUAUUUCAAGAUCGGCAUGGCAAAUGCUAAUAAAUAUUAAUCCAGAGGAAGAAAAAUUUUCUCGUCAGUAUGUUCGUUGGAAUGGGAAAUAUAUUCAAGUUAAUGGCAGUAAAGGUGGAAAUAGUAAAUUUAUAUGUAAGCAUGAUAUUGGUAAAAUCAAGGAAUCUUCUCUUAAUAAUUCCACAUUCAGACGAAGCAAUUUAAAGAGAAAAAAAGCAUUACUACAAAAUUCUUUAAAUGUGAAAUUUAAACCUGGGCCAUUGACAAAGAAAAAAAAUCUAGAUACUUCCUACCAAAAAUAUCAAUUUGGUGACAUGGAAUUAGUCACUUUACCGAAGCCUGGUCUCGAUAUACAACCGUCUUAUGGUACGCCCUUGGCGCCUGUUAUCAAUACAUUCCUUCAAAAUACAUUUUUGCUAAAUUCUAAUGGUGUAAUUAGUCAGAAAUGGGCAGAUUUUGCAGUUUCAGUAUUGGGAACAAAUAAAAAAGGGAUUCCAGUUCAAUUAAAAGAUACUUGUAAUGUUACGUUUGACUUAGAUUAUAAAUGUUUUCAACGUAGAAUACUUAUGCGUAAUGAUAGUGAUAUUAUACAUCAGGAAAAAGUACAAAAACUGCCAAUACAAACGUCUGAAGACGAUUCAGUUAUAUUUUCUCAAGUCAUUGGCGUCGUAGAUAACAUUAUUGAUGCGGUCGAAAUUAGCUUAAAUCAAAAUGAAUUGUUUUUUGGAGAAGACGAAGCAAGAGAAGUACCAAUAACAAACAGCAGUUCUAAUACAAAUUACCUAAAAGACAAAGGAAAACGAAAAUAUGGUGAGCUAGAUAGGCUGGAUGUAACAGUUAUUAGAAUUUCAGAUACAUCAGAAUUAAACGCUAAAAGUGUAUGUUCCAAUGCUCAUUGUACCUUAGGAUGUAUUUGUGAUUCGUUAAAUUAUUCUUACGAUUUAAAAAGACAUUGUGGACGCUUUGAAUGUAUGUUCGAAUGUAAAUGUGACUUUUCGAAAUACAAACUUUCGGAUUCAUUCGAUAAUGAUUGUACCGAUAUAUUACCGGGAUUAGUGAAUCUAGACCAACAAUUGGGUCCAAAAUUAGCGAAAGAAGAACAAAAAUUUCAUCAAACUGUUAUAGUAACAGAUGACAAAAGUAUAUUGUUGAAAUCUCAAAAAAGAAAUUGGAAGGCUUCAAAAAAGUACGCUGAUUUUUAUAGUAACAUGCAUUUAAAAACUAAAGAUAAUACAAAGAAAACAUUGAAAGUACUAUGCACAAAUCUUAUACUUAAAAAUGUUGAGCCUUGGUGUAUGGUCCACAGCCUGUAUAAAUGUUUUUGUAAGGGUAAAUUUACAAAAUCUUUUUCUCCGGGAGUUGACGAAUCUAUGACUACAAAUAACACAAUGCCUGAAAAAGUUAAAAAAUUGGUUAUAAAUGUCAAUUUAACUCGGCAAGAAUUAUCUUUAGAUAAUAAAUUCAAAAAACGUUCCGUUUCCGUUCAUUAUAGUAAUGAGUCGCCUUUAGAUGCAUUCGAUUACCAUGAAAAAUGUGUUAGAAUAUUACCAUAUAAGGGUAGAAAACACUGUGAUGAAUACUAUCUCAGUACAAAUAAAAAAAUAUUGGAAAUGGAACGAAAUGACAAAACCUUACGCAAGAAAUUGGCAUCUUUAAUUAAUAAAGAAGAUUCAGAGAAAAAUGUUGCUUCGACAAAUGUAAAUGCUUCCGAAGUCGUCGAUUCAACCUCAAAUGAUUUAUUGAACAAUGUUAUCAAAGAAAUCCCACUAGAGUAUAAAGACGUUAAAAAAUUAUCGAGUAAAAAGCUUGUCACGUGGCUCGAAUCUAAUUAUAAGCAAUAUAAAGAACGAACUGAUCAAGGUCCAAUUAAACAUUCUUUACAUCCACCACGACUGGGAACGAUGGCCUUAUAUCCUUGGGAUUUCAUAUUGUCUAGAUAUCGAGAAAGAAAAAAUUACUUUCUCAUAUCAAAACAACAACCUUAUCGUAUUUUCAUGGCAGUAAAUUUCAAAAAUUCUUUGUUUGAUAAUUGUAUUAAUAUAAACGACAUUGCUUUAUCUGACCUUGAUAAAUAUCCCAUAACAGUAAAAAACUUACUUACGAAUGCAACCGAUCUAAAAGAUAAUUUUUGUAUUUUGUGUGGACUAUCACAUUGUUGGGAGUUGGUAGGUUCUGUUACAAAAGUAAACAGUAACAACAAUAACGUUACACAAGAAAAUGAGAUAGAUACGAUUAUAUCACGGCAAAAAUCUCAAAGUGAAUGCAGUUCCGAUUCCGAAUUUAUGCCGGUUAUUACAGAUAGCUCGUCAGAUGAAUUGAAUAGUUCAUUGGACAAUGUUGUUAAACAAACAUUUGAGAAUACUCCUGAACAAUCUAAAUGGUUUGUAAUGACGGUAGAAAAUGAUUUUACGGAAAUCCGAUUUUACAAAAGGGGAUUUUUUGUCAAGUAUGAGAGUAUUAUAAAAGCAAUAAAUGUUGCAAAGGUGUCAGGAAAAACAGUUAAACUUUCAUCACAAAAUUGCAGUUAUCCUCAAACAAAUCCAAGUUUUGGUAUUUAUGCCAUACCAAGUGAUACAGAAAAUUAUGUUUUUAUCGGGCCGUAUGAAAAAGACGAGGCAUUAGGUAUAGAAACUAUAAGAAACAUACAUGAUGUAAGAGAAACAAAUUGCACAAGAGGUAGAUGGAUAACUACGAAUAAAAUUGAUAACAUAAAUGUUAUCGAUAACCCUUUAAUGUAUAUGCCAUCGAGUAUUGCAGACGGCAAUAAUAUGCUUAGCUUAGACUCUGAUUUUUGCCUAAAAGAGGGUACAAACGAAAAUCCACAACUUUCCGAUAAAAAUACAAACUCAAGUGCUUCUAAGCUAAAGACUAAUAAAGAGGUCGUAGGUAAAGUUGUUAAACCUAUAAGAAUAAGAAAGACAAAUGGUUUUUUCCAACUUGCACCAAAUGGUUUGUUAAAACAAGUACCUAUACACGAUAAAGAUAACUUAAAAUACAAAGGCGCUUUUCUUGUAAAAAAGAAUUUAUUAAUAAACAAAGAUACCACUUGUUCAAACCCAUCUUUGCUAAAUUCAACUUUAGCAUUGCGUCAAGAUUUUGGUCAAAAUCAAGAGCAAACGGAACAGAAAAUCAUAUCGCAAUGUCAAAAACCUGUAACAGAAGUUGAACACCACGCAAAAGAGAUUAAUGUUAGUAUUCCGAAGGAAAUACAGAAAAAAAAAUUAGAAGGGGGAAUGUUUAUAUUAAAACCCGAAGAAAUAAACAAAAGAUCUUUUGAGAAUCAAUUAUUAUGUAACCAACUAAAAACUAACAUACAAGAAUCUACUGAUAGCACCGAUAUGGACAUAGAAAAAUUUCUUGAAAAAUCUGUAGUAAAUGCAAAAACUCAGUGUUACAUUAUUUCGGAUGACGAGGAUGACACCAUGAGCAACCAAUGCACAAAAGAUGAUAUGUGCAAAGAUGUUUGGAUUGUUUGUAAAAAUAUAGACAGUCUAGGUUGGAUACCUGGAAGGCGUAAUUCUGAAAAUGAAUUAAGCUUUGAAUUUCCCGGUUUUAAAUGCACCGAAUUCUAUAACGAAGACGAAGCUUUUAGUAAAAUAACUCAGGUGAUGUCUAGAAAAGUUUAUAUACCGAGGCAUAUUAAUUUAGAGUGGCAUGCGCUUGAGUCCUUACCUGAUAGCAACAUUAAAAAGAAAUUGGAGGCGAAAGACCUAACCACAGAUUACGUGAUGACUCAAAAAGGUUUACAACACAAACGUGAGUUGUUGAAGAAUAUUCAAUCAAUAAAAAAUGUGCAUUCACCAAAGAAUUCCGCAGCCCUCGAUGAAAUUAUUAUGAAAGAUUUUACGGAAAAGAAAACUAAUAUAAUAACUGAACUAGAAGAAACUAGUAAUCAUUUAGAAGAAGAAAGUUUAUUGCUUUUAAAUAAAACUCUUUCACAGAAAAAUGAAAUAUGGAAAUCAUUUUCUAAAGCGUCGGAAGAUCUUCGCAAGGAAUUGAUUGAACAGCUAAAUAAUAUAAAAAGUAACGCUGAAGACUCUGAAUGAACUGUUAUAUAGUAAGUGGGGACGGUCCCGGUUCAUUAAAUAAUGUACACAAAAUGUAAUCAAAGGAUUGAAAGAUCUGCCGGCUAAGUGCCAGGCUGCCCACUCCGUACUAGCGGAACUCUUUGUUACAUUGUGGGACUUUUAAGUAUGAACAUUCCUUGUCGUUCCGACGGUUUGGCCUGGCGAUUGGUUGCCGAACAACCUUUACUCCAUCAGCACAGUUAAAUCAAACAGUUUUUUUUAAUGAGCCGAAUUCAUCUUUUAAUACACAUAAUUAAUAUGUAUAUAUAAAAAUUGUAUCAUAAUAUUCGACAUAUUACCUCCUCCUUCCUUUAGUAUUGACUACGCGGUAAGAAUAGUGAAAAUAGGUUGUGCAGUUUUUGAAAUAAUCGCGCACAUACAAACACACAGGGGGAAAAGUGUACCAUUUACUUAUAAAGUCGGUUAAUGAUUUAGUUUCAUAACAGUGACCUCAGAAGAAUAUAAACAGAUUUUUAUUAUCUGUGAAUCUGAAAUAGAAUAUUUUAUCCGACAAAUUUAAGUACUCGAUAGUUGUGAUUAUUAUUUUUUCUUUUCUUUUUAUCGAAACGGGUUAUAAUGACGUAUCAUUAUAAAUAUAUUCAUAUUAUAUUUAAUUUGACUGCCUCGUUGGUCAAGUGGCCAGAUGAAAGGCUGCAGACCCCGAGGUUUGAGCAGAGUCUUGGUUCCUAUCCCAGGUCGGACCAAUAAAAAUUGUCUAAUUAUUGGGUUUUUCUGUCGAAAAUUAUCAGUAACAGCCCGGAGUCUGGAAGUUGGGAUUGUGUAAAUUCCGGUGUUUCGGAAAGCACGCAAAGCCGUUGUUCCAGCGCCUGAACUCUUUCCAGUCGUAUCGGAUUGCCGUCCCAUCGGAUUAUGAGAGCUAGAGAAUAGAGAGUGCACCUGUAUUUAUAUUGUAAAUAAUUCGCUGAAGAAGUUGGUGGCAUACUGAUCUCAUACAUGUUUAUUUCAAGCGAAGAUUUAUAGAUCGAACCGAAUGGAUGAAGUUCCAAGUUUGGCAAUUAAGAAUUUAAAUUUGGAUCGUUUAUUUGUUUGCAUAAAGGUACUUUUCGGUUUAUCUUUUUUCCAAUACCUUUUACCUGAAAGUGGGCUUUAUUCUAAUAUAAAAUCAGAAUAAGAAAUAAUAAUCUCGUUAUGUCAAAAACAUCAGAAGACUUGUAACUUAGCUAGUGUCAGAGUUUCUUUUAUUUAACAUUACUUAGGUUAUUUCUAUAUAUUUGUAGCAAGCUAUUUGAACUUACAUAGUAUUAUGCUAGUUAGUGGUUAUUUUUUAAAUCUUGAUUGUAAAUUUACGGGGCAAUAUGUGUAAUUGUAAAACGUUUUUAACGAUAACUAUAUAAUAAUUAAUAAAGACAUGGUUUUAGUUGCUAAAAAAUAAUGUUAAGAUCAAAUAUCGUUAAUUUUUUUCAAUAGUUAUUGUAAACUUUCCAGCAGGAAAAUAAUCUGUGAUAUGCGGUAAGUUCUUCAUUUUAUACUUUCAAAGGAAUAUCUUAUGAGAGCCGAACGAAGUAUUUCAUUGUCGGAACAUUUUAAAGAUUAAGGGUCCGUUCACACAGACCGGCUCGGAGAGCAUCGGCCUGCUUUUUUCUUUUCACACAGACCGGGUCGUAUACGCUUGGAAUUGGCCGGAGCGGAGCCGCCAACUAUUUCACAUCGACCGGCUGGAAGAGAUCUGAAAGCGGGUGCGAGCGAGAAAGAGCACGCAAGCGGAGCCGGUCGGCUCCUUUUAUUACUUCACACGAAGCGCGUUCAGGCAUUUUUAAUGACAAAAAAGGUGCAAAUGCAAAAAUAAACUUUACUACAAUCACUCAAAACACUGUUUCCAACGUGAUAAAAAUCUGCUCUCCUCUCCGAGCCGGUCUGUGUGAACGGACCCUAAGGAUGACAAAUAUUUUGAAAUGGUACUGUAUGGUAUCUCACCUGUACUUUCCG